AUGGGCAGCAACUUUGUCGAAGGUUGCCCUGCACACGCAUCCGCUGGCGGAGGCACUCGGCCUGCCAACCUCUGGCCGGAGCAGCUGAAGCUGAACAUCCUCCGCCAAAACCAGCCGGCCAACAACCCGCUGGGCCCCAAGUUCGACUACCGCAAGGCAUUCGAGAAGCUCGACGUCAAUGCUCUCAAGGCCGAUCUGCACAAGUUGAUGACCGACAGCCAGGACUGGUGGCCCGCAGACUUUGGUCACUAUGGCGGUCUGUUCAUCCGCAUGUCGUGGCACGCCGCCGGCACCUACCGCGUCUUCGACGGCCGGGGAGGUGGCGGAGAGGGCCAGCAGAGAUUCGCGCCGCUGAACAGCUGGCCCGACAACGGCAACCUCGACAAGGCACGCCGCCUGCUGUGGCCCAUCAAGCAAAAGUACGGCGACUCGGUCUCAUGGUCGGACCUGUUGCUGCUGGCCGGCAACGUCGCCAUGGACAACAUGGGUUUCAAGACGUUUGGCUUUGGCUUUGGCCGUCCAGACACGUGGGAGGCCGACGAGUCGGUCUACUGGGGCUCCGAGAAGGACCUGUUCCCCAGCGGAAACAAGGAUCGCUACAAUGGCGACACGGACAUUCACAACCGCAAGCUCGAGGAGCCAUUGGGCGCCACUCACCACGGUCUCAUCUACGUCAACCCCGUGGGCCCAGACUUCAACCCCGACCCCGUCGCCGCAGCCCGCGACAUUAAGACUACCUUCGGCCGCAUGGCCAUGAAUGACUACGAAACCGUCGCCCUGAUUGCAGGUGGCCACGCUUUCGGCAAGACACACGGUGCCGCUUCCGACGGUGACAACCUGGAGGCGGGUCCCGAGGGUGCUCCCAUCCACCUGCAGGGCCUGGGUUGGCAGAGCAAGUACAAGUCCGGCAAGGCAUCCGACCAGAUCACCAGCGGUCUGGAGGUGACAUGGACGACGACGCCGACCAAGUGGAGCAACGGCUACCUCACCAGCCUGUUCAACAACGAGUGGGAGCUGACCAAGAGCCCCGGCGGCGCCUGGCAGUGGGUGGCGAAGAACGCCGACGAGGUCAUCCCGCACGCCUUCGACAAGAACAAGAAGCUCAAGCCCACGAUGCUGACGACGGACCUGUCGCUCCGCUUCGACCCCACCUACGAGAAGAUCUCGCGCCGCUUCCUCGAGAACCCGGACGAGCUGCACGAGGCCUUCUCGCGCGCCUGGUUCAAGCUGCUGCACCGCGACAUGGGUCCCAAGGCGCGCUACCUCGGCCCCGACGUGCCCAAGGAGGACCUGAUCUGGCAGGACCCCGUGCCGCCCGUCGACCACCCGCUGGUGACCGCCGGCGACAUCGCCUCGCUCAAGAAGGACGUGCUGGCCACGGGCCUCGACGCGUCCACCCUCGCCUUCACCGCGUGGUCCUCCGCCUCCUCCUUCCGCAACAGCGACAAGCGCGGCGGCGCCAAUGGUGCCCGCAUCCGCCUCAACCCCAUGAACAAGUGGGCCGUCAACAACCCGACCCAAACCGCCUCGGUCCUCCAGAAGCUCGAGGGCGUGCAGCAGAAAUUCAACAGCUCCGCGUCCGGCGGCAAGAAGAUCUCGCUCGCCGACCUGAUCGUCCUCGCCGGCGCCGCGGGUGUCGAGAAGGCGGCCAAGGACGCGGGCGUCAACAUCACCGUCCCCUUCACGCCGGGCCGCACCGACGCCUCGCAGGAGCAGACGGAGGUCGAGUCGAUCGCGUACCUCGAGCCCAAGGCCGCCGACGGCUUCAGGCAGUUCGGCGGCUCGACGCAGCGCGUCCGCGCCGAGCAGUGGCUCGUCGACCGCGCCAACCUGCUCACCCUCACCCCGCCCGAGAUGACCGUGCUGGUCGGCGGCCUGCGCGCGCUGAACGCCAACUACGACGGCUCGGAUAAGGGCGUCCUCACCAAGACGCCGGGCAAGCUCAACAACGACUUCUUCGUCAACUUGCUCGACAUGGGCACCGAGUGGAAGCCGACGGAUGCCUCGCAGGAGACGUUUGAGGGCGUUGAUCGCAAGACGGGCCAGAAGAAGUGGACCGCGUCCCGUGUUGAUCUGGUGUUUGGGUCGCAUGCGGAGCUGAGGGCUAUUGCGGAGGAGUAUGCUAGUGCGGGGGUCAAGGAGAAGUUUGUUAAGGACUUUGUUGCGGCUUGGGAUAAGGUUAUGAUGCUGGAUCGCUUUGAUGUGCAGGAGGAGGGGCUGAGUGCGAAGCUUUGA